CGCAUCCGCACCAAGAAUGGCGCUCACCAAAGACGACCAUAUCUUCUUCUGGACGCCACAGCAGCCCAAUGGCUGGGCUAGCCAAUGGUACUCCUCCCCAUUCACCCUUCCAAUAAUCAUCUCGGAAGAGACUGAGACCCUGACAUUCCCCACGGCCGAGCACUGGAUGAUGUUCCAAAAAGCACUUCUCUUCAACGAUAUCACAAUUGCUCGCCGAGUCCUUACUUCCGACGUUGCAGCUGUGAAAGCUCUCGGCCGAAAGGUUUCCAAUUUUGGUGAUGAUCUCUGGAACCGCGAACGCAGUCGAAUUGUAUUGGAAGGGAACCUACAUAAAUUCAAGCAGAAUUCCGAGUUGAAAGAAAUGCUACUUGGAACAGGCGAGAAGGUUCUUGUAGAAGCCAGUCCUCGGGAUCGAAUAUGGGGCAUCUGAUAUGGAGAGAAAAAUGCUAUGAAUAAAAAGGACCAUUGGGGAUUAAACCUUCUGGGACAGGCCUUGAUAGAGAUGAGGAGACAGCUAAGGG